AUGACAAGCGCACAUACAUUUCUCGCUUUGUUGAGGUUGGUUCUUUUUGUUCAAGUCACGUUUGCCCAGACAGGAACGGACCUCAAAGCUUUGUUCGAGGAGUUAUUUAACACACGAGCCUACAAUAAGAACGCAUCACCACAUGUCAAAUUAAGCGAUCCAAUUACAAUAAACAUUGCGUUCUUCCUACAAGGAAUCAACUAUUUGGACGAGGUGGAGGAAAAACUAGCCACCACGGCAAACCUCAAGUUAGAAUGGAAAGACGCAUUCCUGUCAUGGGAUAAAAAACAUUUCAAUAACAUCUCCUAUUUUUAUGUUUCUCAGGACGAAGUGUGGAAACCAGACAUCUCAUUAAAUAACGGUUUCACCAAACUGACAGGACUUGGCGACAAGGUGAUUCUGGUGAAGGUAGAUAAUCAUGGGGAAAUACUAUGGAAUCCGCAGGAAGUUUUCGAGACAAAAUGUGACAUAGAUAUAACAAAAUUCCCAUUCGAUAGGCAAUCUUGCAACCUGGUAUUUGUGAUGUGGGCACACUCGCCACAGGACGUUAGUUUAGCAUUGAAGGAAUCGCCAUUACAUACAGAUCUAUACGAACAAAACGGAGUAUGGGACCUUUAUUCAUCCAGUAUUAAACUGGAUAAGGGCAACAUCGUGAUAUCUUUGACGCUGGACCGGAAUUCAAACUUUUAUAUACUUACCACCAUCUGUCCCAUCAUCUUACUUUCAUUUUUGGACAUUUUCACAUUCGUCAUCCCUGUCGAAAGUGGAGAGAAAAUAGGAUACAGCAUGACUGUGCAUCUGGCGUUUGCCGUUCUCCUUACCAUAGUCAGCUCAUCACUACCCGUCAAUUCCCGUACUGCAUCAUACCUGGCUGUGUAUGUGAUCAGCCUACUUAUCAAAGGGACCGCCAUCGUUAUGGUGACUGUCAUCCAGGUUCGACUCCAUCAUCGUCCAGAUAAUAUCGAAUUGUCUCCAACCUUUCGGUAUAUCGUCAAGAUAAAUCGGAGAAUAAAUGCAUGCUCAAGAAAAAAGGUUCAACCAAAGACAGACAAUACUAGGAACGAUAUUUUCUCUCUGGAUUCCUCUCCGCACGUUACAAUGGUGAAGAAGCAUCCAGAAUCCCCCAGACUUCAAUCGGACGCACAUUGUGACAGCGAAUCGGAUGGAAAUGAUAUGUAUACGUGGUCUAACGUCUCUGCGGCUCUAGAUGGCUUCUUUUUCUGCUUCUUCACGGCUGUAGACGUUAUUCUGGUCAGCGUAUUUUUCAAGGCACUACUGUGAAUACAGCCAAAGUAGCAAUUCCUGAUGAAGGCUGAUCACGAAUAUGGUCACUGUUUUGUAUACAAUCAGAGAUUUGAUAUCAGUGAUUUUUGAAACAGAACGUAAAAAGCUCUUUAAGUAUAUAAAGUAAAAUUUUCAAUAAAUCCGAUGACUGAA